AUGUCUACAUCCGAAAGCCUGGUGCUUCAUAAGAAUGUGAGGGAGCGCUUCCUCUCCCUGGAGACGGUGGAGUGUCUGGUCACAUAUGUUUGGAUCGAUCAAACCGGGGAGAAUCUGAAGAACAAAACCCGAACGUUGGACAAAGAGCCUGUCGGGAUCUCAGAUAUCCCUGAAUGGGAGACCACUAGUGUGGAAAAUGACAGCAUUCAGGAAGUCUAUCUGGUUCCGGCCCGGAUGUUCCGAGAUCCUUUUCUUCGAGACCCCAAUAAGAUGGUUCUCUGUGAAGUGUUCAACAGGAACAGGCAGCCUGCAGUUUCGAAUCAGCGCUCCAAGUGUUCCGUAGUCAUGAAGCACGUGAUGGGAUUCGAGCCCUGGUUUGGGAUGGAACAGGAGUUCACCCUUUUUCAUCCAGACGGGAGGCCGUUUGGAUGGGUGACAGACGGGUCAGAACCUGAACCAGUGUCCUGUUGUGUGGGCUUCAACAAGGUGUUUGGAAGAGACGUCAGCAUCUGCCACUAUAAAGCCUGCUUGUACGCUGGAAUCAAGAUGUUUGGAACCAACUCUGAGGAUCUGCCCUCGCAGUGGGAGUUCCAGGUCGGCCCGUGCGAGGGGAUCGAGAUGGGAGAUCAUCUGUGGAUGUCCCGUUACAUUCUGCAUCGUGUGUGUGAAGACUUUGGGCUCGUCGCCUCUCUAGAUGUCGUACCGGUAAAGAGCAUCCACGUGACGUCAGGAUGCCAUGUGAACUUCAGCACCAAAGAGAUGAGGAGUGAAGGAGGGCUCAGAUAUAUUGAAGAAGCCAUCGAGAAGUUGAGCAAACGUCACCACCAACACCUCCAAGUGUACGACCCUCGCCAGGGCAGAGACAACAUGUCUCGUCUGAUCUCUCACUCCACCACCUCCAGCUUCACUCACUUCUCCAGCGCCGUCGCCGAGCGGAACGUCAGUGUUCGUAUUCCGGGUCUGGUCAGUCGGAGAGGCUGCGGAUACUUGGAGGACCGACGACCAGCCUCCAACUGUGACCCCUACACUGUCACUGCGGCUCUCAUUGAAACGUGUCUGCUGGACAGCCUUGAGCAGGAAGAAGAGACGAGGGUCACCACCGAAUUAUGA